AUGGUGCAAAUCGACGAAAUCACAGAUCAGAUGGCCGACGCCUUCAUCGCCGAGCAGGAGCGUAGGCAAGCCGCAGCCGCCGCCUCCGCCCCCGCCGGCGCCAACCGCGGCGCGGCCCUGCCCCCCGGCCACGCCCUGCUCUCCGGCAAGACGGCCGACGAGAUCCUCAAGGACCUGAACAAGUCGCCGCUCUUCAUGACGGAGCUCGAGGAGAACGACGACCUCGCCGCGCUCCAAGCCCUCGCCUACGAGGGUACCCCGCGGGAGAACGCCGAAGACUUCAAGGAGCGCGGCAACGAGCGCUUCCAGACGAAGCAGUUCUCCGACGCGAAAGAGUUCUACACCAAGGGCAUCGACAUCCUCGCGGCGCAGGAGCGCGCGCGCGCGCGCGGCGAGAAGACGUACCGCACGCAGAAGGUCACCGAGGCCGACAAGCCCGGCGACGCGGACGUCGUCGAGGAGAAGGAGACGGAGGUCGAGGACGACGAGGAGGAGAUCGCGAAGCAGAAGGCCGUGCUGGAGAGCCUGUACGUCAACCGCGCCGCGUGCCAGCUUGAGCUGGGCAACUACCGCUCGUGCUGGAUGGACUGCGGCUUCGCGCUGCGGCUGAACCCCAAGAACCUGAAAGCUUACUACCGCUCGUCGCGCGCGCUGCUCAAGGUCGAGCGCAUCGCGGAGGCGGACGACGCGUGCGCGCGCGGGAUGGCGAUCGACCCGGAGAACAAGGCGCUGCAGGCCGUGGCGCGGGACAUCCUCGCGGCGGCGGAGCGGUACGACGCCAAGGCGAACCGGGAGGCGGAGCGGGCGGCCAAGGAGAAGCGGCGGGCGAUGCUGCUCAAGGCGGCGCUGGCGGCGCGGACGAUCCGCACGCGGGAGACGGCGCAGCCGCCCGAGAUGGAGGACGCGCGGAUGCGGCUGGUGCCGGACGAGGACGACGCCGCGAGCAGCCUGAGCUUCCCGGCCGUGUUCCUGUACCCGGUGCACCUGGAGAGCGACUUCAUCAAGGCGUUUAACGAGCAGGAGUGCGUGGCUGACCACCUGGCGUACAUCCUGCCGGUGCCGUGGGACGAGGAGCGGGCGUACACGCCGGACGGCGUCGAGUGCUACAUGGAGACCGUCAAGGGCGGCCUGGUCAAGGUCGGCAAGAAGGCGCCGCUGCUGAAGGUUCUGAGCGGGGGCAACGUUGAGGUUGUGGACGGUAUUGUCAGGUUCUACAUCGUGCCUGCGUCCAAGGCCAAGGGCUGGAUUGAGGAGUUUAAGCUGAAGAAGGCGGCAGAGAAGAAGUAG